UUUGUUGAAAACUAGAAAAUUGGUUCGCAUUAAAUUUUACCGAAGACGUUAUAUUCUUCCAAUGGACGAUAUAAACAAGACGCCGAUUGAUGAUAUUAAGUGUCGAGUUUGCUUGGGAGAAUAUGAUGAAAGCUCAAUGCGUGCGCUUUUCACGGAAGAUACAGAUAUCGACAAUGCCGAUAAAGACGUCGAGGAGACGGACUACGCCGCCAAUCUGCGAUUAAACAGCCAAAUUGAGUACUGUAGCGGGAUUAGGAUUCGCUACUCGUCACAUUUGCCAUCGAAAGUCUGCGAACGUUGUUGUGAAUUUGUACGAAUGUGGUUCAAUUUUCGGCAAAUGUGCCUCAAUUCGCAGGUUUAUUUAGAGAGCACGUAUCUGCAUAAUGAAAAGCCCGACGGAUUGAUUGAUGCCAGUGAUAGCGAGUACAUGGAACACCUCUACGAAACAUUGCAACUGCAAACCAUGAAGAGAUACAGCACGAAUCAAGAAGACGAUUUACAGUCUGGUGAAUCCAAUGAGAUAGAGGCCGAUUAUGUAGUUGACUUCUAUGAGGAUAACUUCGUGGAAGAGGCAGACGCAGCAGUGGCCGCUGAUGAUGAGUAUAAACAUAAGUUGCCCGAAAUAAUAAACGAACUAGAGACAUAUGAAGAAGAUGAAAAUGAGGAACCCAUCGAAGUGGAGCAAACUCUCGUCUAUGCCGACGAUAGCCCAACUGUCGAUGACUUAUCACUGGUCAAAGAGGAGGAUUAUUCAAAUGACAAUGAAGAUUUCCUGUCGCCAACGCCAUCCCCAGAUCCCAAGCCCAGUACCACUACCAAUUCCAAACGAAAACCGGGACGACCCCGAAAGCCAGACAGUGAACUGAAAGCUAAGCGGAAAACUAAAGGCGAACAGACGAUGAAAGUGGACAACCAGACGAUCGAGGGAUCACCUACUAAAUAUAUGUGUAAUCUCUGUGGCAAUGUCUACCCCAAAAAAGCUGCAUUUACCGCACACAUGAUGGCACACACCGACUACAAGCCGCAUCAAUGCGAAAUCUGUUUGAAAUCCUUUCGGCAAAUGGGAGAACUGCGCGCUCACAUACGACGACACACCGGUGAGCGUCCGUACAAGUGUCUGUAUUGUGAUCGGCAUUUCUAUGAUCGAAGCGAGAAGGUUCGCCAUGAACGGGUACAUACAAAUACCCGGCCGUAUGAGUGUAAGGAAUGCGGCAAAACCUUUACGCACACGGCAAUCCUGAAGAACCACAGUCUGGUGCAUUCCGGCGAAAAGAAUUUCAACUGCAGCAUUUGUUCCAAAUCGUUUACAUUGCUCCAUCAGUUAAAGGCACAUCUGCAGACGCUGACACACAGAAGUAAAGAGGAGCAGGCCUUUGCCAGCUCUUCCAGCUAUAUUAUGCCCAUUGUUAGGUCUGGCAGCGCCAAAAUAAAUGGCAGCCUUUUCCAGCCAGGUGGCAGCGUCUUUCAAGAUAUUUCAGCAAUUUCUCCAAAAAAAGUGUGCAAACAAUAUCAAAAGAUGCCUGAGUAUAUGAUAUGCCGAAUAUGCUUAACGGAAGACAUGAACGUUGAUACCAUGACACCACUUUAUGACAGCCAGGACGUCCAAUGUCCGCUCGUCCGCAAAAUAGAGGAAAUUGGUAGCAUUAAGCUGCCCCCUCUGGAGGACAUGCCAAGUCUUCUCUGCUGCAGUUGUGUCGGCAGCCUUAACAGCGCCUAUAAAUUCCGUGAAAUGUGCCAGGAAAGCGAGCGAACCUUUGCCAGCAGCGUUGUUAAGGCUGAGCUGAAACUGGAACCCUCGGAUGAUGCAAUACAAUUGGAGAGCGAUACUGUGGAAUACAUUUACGAAGCCACCAACGAGUUCAUUGAUCCCGACGAGGAUAUUGAAUUUGAGACCAUGCUGGAGGAGCGCCUGGAAGAUACAAUUGAAGAGGCAGAGACUGAGACAGUCUAUGACGAUUUCAAUGGUUCCGGAGAACUGGAUGAGAAGAACAUAUUGCUGGGAGAUACCAGUGACAGUGACUACGAUCCAAGUGAGCGCAUGCGAAAGCCCAAGGUUCGCAAAAUGAGGCAUAUUAAACGUGGACGAGGACGACCACGCAAUUCAACACACGGAGUAUUAAAGAAUGGACAAGCGAAGUCAACAAAUGCUUCCGCUGCUAACAAAUCCAAUGAGGAAAGCUCUACAAAUAUCAUGUGUGAAAUAUGCGGCAAUAUCUACUCGAAGCGUGCCGCGCUCAACAUUCACAUGCGUCGUCACAUGGCAGAGAAGCCUUUUGAAUGCGAAAUCUGCGCUAAAACAUUUGCUGGUCCCUCAGAGCUCAAUCGUCACAUUCGUGUGCACACCGGCGAGAAACCGUUUACCUGUAAAUACUGUUCCCGCUCAUUUGCAGAUCGCAGCUCAAACAUACGCCACGAAAGAACCCACACGAAUGAGCGUCCUUUUACCUGUGCAACUUGUGGCAAGUCCUUCUCAUAUUCAAAUGUCCUCAAGAAUCACAUGCUGACGCAUACAGGCGAAAAGCCCUUCUUAUGCAUGCCAUGCAAUAAAACAUUUUCCCGCAAGCAUCAGCUGGAACAGCAUAUGGGUACCAUGACCCAUCAGCAAACUGUAAGAGCUCUCCAGACGAACGAAACGACUCGUCACACAGAGAUAUAUUAGUCAUGAUUUAUAUAAUUUUAAUUAUAAAUUUAAUAUUUGUAAAUAAAAGUACAAAUUUAAGAUGUUAUAUACAAAAUUAAA